AUGUCCAACAAGCUUACCCACGAAGAGCAAGAGGCCUUGGUGAUCAGUGAGGAUCCUGAGCAUCCCGCUAACUUGAUUUCCGAAUUAUGUCGAGAAUUCUACAAGCUUGGAUGGGUUACAGGCACUGGAGGAGGUAUUUCAAUUCGACAAGGUGAACAUGUGUACCUUGCUCCCUCUGGCGUCCAGAAAGAACGAAUCAGGCCAGAACACAUCUUUGUCCUUCCGUUCGCUCAGUCGUCUGUACCUAAACCUGGAUCAAAGAGAGAUUUCCUGAGGAUACCAAGUAAGAAGGGCUUGACAGAAUCACAAUGUACCCCUCUAUUCUGGAACGCUUUCACGAUGAGAGAAGCCGGUGCAUGUAUACAUACCCAUUCUCAACAUGCUGUCAUGUUGACACUCUUACACCCUCGUGAUGCUCAAAGUUUCAAGAUCUCCCAUCAAGAGAUGAUCAAAGGUGUGCGAAUUGGUGGAGUAGGGAAAACACUCAGUUUCUUCAAUACUUUGGAAAUCCCCAUCAUCGACAAUACUGCUGUUGAAGAAGAUUUGACUGAAAGUAUGGCGGCUGCGAUGGAGAAAUACCCAGACGCUCCUGCCAUCUUAGUAAGAAGACACGGUGUAUACGUUUGGGGUAACACUUGGGAACAAGCGAAGACUCAAUCGGAAUGUCUUGACUACCUUUUUGAGAUCGCCGUCAAGAUGCUUUUGGCCAAGUUACCACUGGUCGGGGACAAUUAG